AAUUUCCAUCCCAUAACUCAAAUCCUUUAAAUUUACUUAAUGGUAAUUAAAUCUAAUUUUAAUUCAGCAAUAACAAUUCGUCUUUCUAACACUUUAGGCUUGCACAGCGGCAGCACUCCCAUCAACCCACUGCCUAAGCCUAGCCAUAAGAAAAGGGCAGCAAUUCCUGGUUAAAAGAAUGCUGCGUCGACGUCCGAGCCUGAUUGAAUAUCCGGCUUCCAACGGAUUCCUGCCUCUUGCCAAUGCCAUUAUUCAGGGCGAGAUGUGCAUCAUGGACUUGCUGCUCUCGGCCGGUUGCAGCGUCCACAUCGGAAAUCCGGAAAGCGGCCGGACUCCUCUGCACCUGGCUUUCUACUACGGUCACCAGCCAUCCGCUCGUAUUCUUCUGAACAAGAAGGCCCGCCUGGAGGCAACGGACAGCAACGGCAUGACUCCCGCCCACUGCGCCGUUGAUGCCAAUCAGCUGGAAAUGGUAAAGUUCGCUCUCGAAGCUGGAGCGAAUGUUGAAGCCAGAGACAUCUGCGGCUGGACCCUUCUUAUGCGUGCAGUGGUUAUGAACGCUAGCAUGGAGCUCAUCAAAGUCCUUGUUACGCACGGCGCAGACUUGGCGGCUAUAGAUGGUGUUGGCAACACUUGCACAGACUUGGCAAAACUUUAUCACAGACAGGAUGCAAAGGAUUACUUUGACAAGGUGCAAAAGUUUUUGCUGGAUAAAUCAGACGUGACCGCAGACGCAGUGGCAAAGGCCCAAAUGGAAUAA